UGGUGUAUGGCCAACUUGUCUGCUAGCUGGCUGGUUCAAUGCACCCAAAUCUACAUCAUUGGACCAGCUUCUCAAUGAGGACUACCAUAAUUGACAAGGUCUAUGGCCGUCGUCCUGUGAUAGUCUUGGCCUCCACGCAAGUUUCCUCCACCACAUGCCUUGCUCCUUUAUAUAUCUGUGUAAUCGAAAUAAAACAACAGAAAAUUGCCGGGUUCAAUGGAUUCCUCACGAAUUUCUCUCCGGCCAUUCGAGCUCUCCGACGUCGACGACUUCCUAAAAUGGGCCAGCGAUGAUAGAGUAACGCGCUAUCUUAGAUGGAACACCAUCACCUCUAGGGAAGAAGCAUUAACAUACAUUGAGAAGGUUGCAAUACCCCACCCAUGGCGUCGGUCUAUAUGUUUGGAUGACCGCUCGAUUGGCUAUAUUUCAAUCAGACCAGAAUCCGGUGAUGACAGAUGCAGAGCGCAUGUUAGCUAUGCGGUGGGCACGGAUUACUGGGGGCAAGGGAUAGUCACCAUAGCAUUGAAGAUGGCCCUCUCUGAGGUGUUCAAAGAGUUCCCAGAUUUGUUGAGGAUUGAGGCUUUGGUAGAGGUAGAAAAUAAAGGGUCUCAAAGGGUGCUAGAAAAGGUUGGAUUUCUAAAAGAAGGGUUGUUAAGGAAGUAUGGGUUUUGCAAAGGAGAGAUCAGGGACAUGUUUAUCUACAGCUUCUUAGUAACAGAUAUAUCAUAUGAAUUGAGAGCCUAGGAAAAGAAAAGAGGAAGAAGAUAAUAUGAUGCGACUUGUGAGUGAUAUGUUGUAACCAGCACCCUUGAUCUCAAGAUAAUAUACUGCAUCUGCCUGUUUA